AAAAAUCAUCUCUUAUAUUUUUGUCUUGGUCAUUCUCAGCUUUUGAUCUCACAUCACACUCACUCUGUCUAGCUCUAGCAAAUAAAAACCAUUGCUCCUCUUCCAAAACAACCUCAUCUAUCUCCUUCCACCUCUAAAACUCUGCAGCAUGGCCUUGUUUGCUGUUGCAGCAGUGCUUCUUUUGUUCUUCACCAGCUCUUCAAGUGCCACUUGGUGCGUUUGCAAGGAGGGAAGUGAUACCAUACUGCAGAAAACCUUAGACUAUGCGUGUGGAGCUGGGGCUGAUUGUAACCCUUUGCACCAAAAUGGCCCUUGUUUUCAACCAAACACUGUUAGAGCUCACUGUAACUAUGCAGUUAACAGCUAUUUCCAAAGGAAGGGUCAAGCUCAAGGUUCUUGUGACUUUGCAGGAACUGCCACUGUUACUGCAUCAGAUCCCAGCAGUGCAGGAUGUUCCUACCCUGCUAGCUCCAGCAGUGCAGGAACAGGAACAAGCACACCUUCGUCUCCGUACAGUUCAACAGCAGGAGGAGUAGUGGGAGAUGACAGUGAUGGUGGCCUUAUCAACACUACUUUCUUCAUUUCCUUCUUUUCAGGCUUCGUCAUCAUUCUCUUUUGGUGCUGCUGAAAACUGUCUUCUUCUCUGCAUCACUCUCACCAUGCUAUUAUCAUGCACAAAUAUCUUAUGCUGUAUUUUACUGUGCAUUUCUUCUCUUCUUCUACCUCUUCAAUUAGAGUCGUUAGUUUUUCGUUUCCUAUUUUUCUCCUAACAUCUACUUCAAUCAAAGGAAGGGUUUUUGCUUCUUUUCAACUAGUAUUUAGGUGGUGGGUGUUGGGUCUAUCGAAUUAACUCUAGGUUAUUUCGUAUUAAUACAUUUUUCAUCUUUA